AUGACUUCCAUUCUAAACGGUCCAAUCACGGCAACUGUUGUUUUCACUGGUGUGCUGUUGAAUUCCUUAACCAUUUACGUGCUCCUUAAAAUGCCACAUCGUAGACGUGAACUACGGCAACGAGAAAUAGAUAACGCUCCAUCAGCCUCUCCUGCAACCACCAAACCUACUGUAAGAUCUCCAAAGCGACUGAAAUCUUCAUUAACUCUGCUCAGACGCAGUAAAUCGACAACGUCGUCAAGUAAUUCAUAUCCAGUAAUUUACACGUAUUUCAUUUGGUUGACAAGCACAGAUUCGGCACUAUUGGUGAGCGCCUUGUUCAUGUAUUCGUUACCAUCGUUGAUUGAUGAAUCGUUCACAAAUUACUAUGUGCGCUUCUUUCCGUUCUGUUAUGUGCUAAGUAAUGCCACAUUGACUGCGUCUGUAUGGUUGAUGUUUGUGAUGAUGUACGAUCGCUAUCGUGCUCUGUGCAGACCGUUACAUCAGCGCUUAUCACAAAGACACUUGCAAAAGCCAACCAGACGGAUUCACUGGAUUUGCAUGUGCAUUCUGUUCAUGGGCUUGAUCUAUUCACUUCCGAGGCUAUUCGAACUAGAUGUUAUCACGGAAGUAGUAAACGAUGAAGUGCAUAGAAAUGCGUCCUCUCAUUAUCUGAGUGCCCACACCGAGCAACUUCGUGUUGUACAAACGGCGUUGGUUAAGAGCUAUUUGUACAUGGUUGGCUAUCGUAUUGUGGGCGCUAUUUUAUUCUACUCACUUCUGCCUUAUGUAAUUUUGUCAGCCAUCUCAGCACGGGUCUCCUAUGCGGUUCAUCAGGCAGCGCUAAGGCGGAAAGCCAUUUGUAAAUCAUCGAUCGAUGUGUCGUUGGAACGACGAUCGUGCGAGUCCGAACGUAUUCUGCUGGCCACAAUGGCGAAAUUCCUGAUAUCAAGAUUGCUACCGACAGCGUUGGAUAUUACUGAGCAUAUUAUUGGACACGAAAGUUUUCUGAUUUCACCAACGAUCACAAUUGUUGUGGAUGUUUGUGAUUUGAUCGUUGUUCUAGCAAGUGCAGUGAAUUUUUUCAUCUAUUGUGCACUCUCGAGAACAUUUCGACGCUCGUUAGGUUUGUUGCACUGCUAUGUUCGUGUUCAUUCUCAUAUUACUGACUUAAGUUUCGCGUAUUCUACGAACAAUGUGUUUAUUAAUGAAGUACUGAAUACAUCCUUCUCAGGUAACUAA